AUGGCGGAGCCGUCGGCGGCCACUCAGUCUCCGUCCAUCUCCUCGUCGUCCUCCGGGGCCGAGCCCUCCGCGCUCGGCGGUGGCGGGAGCCCUGGAGCCUGCCCCGCCCUGGGGGCGAAGAGCUGCGGCUCCUCCUGUGCGGAGGCAUUGAGCUCUCUUUGCUCUGAUGAGGCACCUUCAGAAAUUAUGGCUUCUUCCUUUAUUUCAACUUCAGAAAUAAAUAACACUGACCUUCUGACACUCCAUGGAGAAAACAGCAAAGUCGUAGGCAGCCAGCCUGUUUUGGCCAAAGAAGGAAAAGACUGCUUGACUCUUUUAGAUGGGAAAGAGAUGGAAAGGCCUCACGAGAGAAGUAAAGACAUGGCCGGCUCUCCAAUUCCUGUUGAAGCAGAAGUUUGUGGUAACCGUCCUUCCGUUCCAGCCAGUUUCCCAGAACAUCCGGCUUUUCUAUCAAAGAAGAUUGAUCAGAUGGAAAUCCAAAAAGAUCACAAGACCAAGAACCCAAAUGAGUUUUCUAGUAGGGGUGACAAGACUCCCAUAGAUACUGAGGACAAGUUCACUUUGCUAACAGCCCAGAAGCCACCCACUGAUCAGGCUAAGGCAGCUGGUGUUCAUACAUAUACCUUAUCCCCAUCCAGAGCGUCACGAGGUGAUACAGUUGAAAAAGAUUCCCCCGAAUCACCAUUUGAAGUCAUUAUUGACAAGGCUGCAUUUGACAAGGAGUUUAAGGACUCGUAUAAGGAAAUCGCCAACAAUUUUGGCAGCUGGACUGCACACACUCCUGGAGAAUUGUCUGCAGAUCUCACUGAGACUGACGACAAAGUCUUCCCACUGCCAAGUCGAGAGACAGGUCGUUACUCUGCCUCUGCUCUGCUGCCUAGACAGUUUUCACACACAACUGCAGCCCUGGAAGAGGUAUCGAGGUGUGUGAAUGAUAUGCAUAACUUUACGAACGAAAUACUGACUUGGGAUUUGGUUCCUCAAGUGAAACAGCAGUGUGAGAAAACUGACUACAUCCCAAAGCCUACAGGACUUGACGUGGGUGAAUGUAAUUCCGAAAUCCCAGUUGUAAAUCUUAAAACUAACACUUGUCAGAAAAUCCCAGUACGUUCUGUGAAUGGCAACAAUUCUAUCACUAAACCAACAAGUGAUUGGGCAAAAACAUUACUUCCACAAGAAAAAACCAUGCCAGAGUAUCUCGAGUCUUCAAAGGAAGUCGGCACCAAAGGCAUGAGAAGUAGCGUGCAGAAACAAGAUGACACGCUUUCAGAGUCACCUGAGUCUCCGUUAGAGAAAGGUAUAUCCCUGGGUUCUGCAGUAAAGACAGUAAAAGAGGCUUUGCCCAGUGCUGGCCCGAGAGAUGAAAUGAACUGGCAGAGCACUAUGUUGGGAGAGACGGCAGAAGCUGAUAGCUCUGGGGAGUCUGAGGACACAGUAAUAGAGGACAUCACCUCGGAUAUGUCAUUUGAAAAUAACAAAAUGCAAGCUGAAAAAUCAGUUUCCAUCCCGAGUGGUAUUGUAAAAGCAGAUGAGAGCAACAUCAAAGAGAUUGCCAGUUAUCAUAGAGAAAACAAAACCUCUAAAAACUUUGGCGGGACCAUCAGCAACUCAGAGCCACAGCAAGUUCAGCUGGAUAUUCUUGGAAGGAGUCCAGUUGAUAAGGUGAUUCAAUUGCAAGUAUCUGAUGCUAGUAUCAUAUCAGAGGAUGGGAAGCAUUCUAAUAGUGUGAGUGAAGUUGCUCCUGAAAAGCCCUUUAUAACUGGGGAUAAUGAGACAGAAUGCUCACCAAAUGUGACUACUCCUACCUAUUUAGAGUCAAUAUGUGGGGGGAAUGUUAAAGAUAUAGAUGAUUCCUCCCCAGAAGACCUGGUAGCAACCUUUUCAGAACCUAGAGAGAAAGAAAUAGUGGUUAAAGAUGGAAGAAAUGCCUUUGAAGCAUCAUCAGAGAAAAAGACAGACUUAAGAACAACUCUACCUUUAGAAGUCUUACGAGAAAGUAGUUCUGAUGUUAAAAGUCUAAAAAGCAAAUACCCUGAACAAAGUAAAGCAACAAAUGAAAAUGAACUUCGGAAUUUCUUCCCUAUGCAAAGUACACCAGUAGCAUCUCUUGAUUUAGAACAGGAACAGCUCACAAUCAGAGCCCUUAGAGAAUUGGGUGAAAGACAACUCAGAGAUUCAGGCUCUGCCCUGGAUGGCGAGGAAUCUCUUUCUGAAGAAACACUCAAGCAAACCUCAGCAUUUGCUCCAGUAUCAUCUUGGCCGCAGAGAUCAUAUGACCUUCCAGAACAUUCAGGUGUCAAGACUAAAUCUGAUCUUGGAAAUUCCAGAAAAACUGUUAUCAGAGAGCCUCCUAGAGUAGAUGUUGUUCCCAGCCUUAAGACUGAACUCGUAAACAAGCCUGUCCUAGCAAGACUUCUCACAGAGCUCUCAGUGCACGAUCUCAUUUUCUGGCGAGAUGUGAAGAAGACAGGCUUUGUCUUUGGCACCACGCUCAUCGUGCUACUCUCCCUGGCAGCCUUCAGCGUCAUCAGUGUGGUCUCUUACCUCAUCCUGGCUCUUCUCUCGGUCACCAUCAGUUUCAGGGUCUACAAAUCUGUCAUCCAAGCUGUGCAGAAGUCAGAAGAAGGCCAUCCAUUCAAAGCCUACCUGGAUGUAGACAUCACCCUGUCCUCUGAAGCUUUCCAUAACUAUGUGAACGCUGCUAUGGUGCACAUCAACAGGGCCCUGAAACUCAUCAUCCGUCUCUUCCUGGUGGAAGAUCUGGUUGACUCCUUGAAGCUGGCUGUCUUCAUGUGGCUGAUGACCUAUGUUGGAGCAGUUUUUAAUGGAAUCACUCUUCUGAUUCUUGCUGAACUGCUCGUUUUCAGCGUUCCAAUUGUCUAUGAGAAGUACAAGACCCAGAUUGAUCACUAUGUGGGAAUUGCCCGGGAUCAGACCAAAUCAAUUGUUGAAAAGGUCCAAGCAAAACUCCCUGGAAUUGCAAAAAAAAAGGCAGAAUAA